AUGUUGUCUCUUGGGUCCAUCCUUGUAACAUUUCGAGAACAAGAGCUCAACAUACAAAUUCCUGCGUUUUGUUGCAAUAUGUCAGGUUGCGAUGAGGAAAGGAGGGAAAUGAUAAAAGGUUUUCUUAUAAGGGCACAAUUUGAGAUAAGUGAAUAUUUUGAAGGAAUAUUAUCUAUUGAUGGGUCGUAUUCUAAGUGCACUGGCAGAUCCAUGUGGAGAAACAGAGGGUUACACACCAAAAACCACUUUUCAAAUGAUUUUACAGAUUAAAGAAUGUAAGUAAAUACUACUUUCUCUCCGUAAACAUGAUCAAAUGGAUGUCAUGGCAGUGUCGCGAGGCGAGCACGCCACAUAAGAAUUCAUAAGGGAAAAAAUGCUAAUGCUUUUAAUCCUUUAGUUUCAAAUGAAUAUGUUUUCUAAGACUCUUUUGGCUUAAAUACUCGGUAAAUUAACAGGGAAAAUAACGAAACCUGCUUUAAUAUAUUGAGGCGAAUCGUGAUUCGCCUUUCUUGCUGGAACUUAAAGUAUCGAAACUUUAUCUUGAAGAUUUAAAACCAAAUGUUUAUACGGGAAGGCUCCGCUCCAAGGUCCAACCCCUUACUCUUUUAAAUAUACCAUUUUUCACGAAAAAGGUACUUUCGUAUACCUUCUAUUGACAAAUGCUACCCUUUCACAUACCUUGUUUAAAACUUUGCAGUUUUAAGAACCAGAAUUGAGAGAUGUAUUGCUUGGUAACAGCGUUUUAUGACCCGUAGAACGGAAUUUCCGGUUAGGUCAAAUUAGUAACGUUAUACUGUCACACUUUAUGUUUAGGGGGCAAAAGAAUUGGGAGAGCGGUGCGUGAAAAUAAUGCUUAUUGUUUCCUGCUUAGAAUGGCUAACGUGCUUGGAACUUGAGUUACUAUACAGCCCCGUCUCAAAAAUGGUACUCAUUUUUCUUGUUAAGAAAGUCUUCCAAAAGGGCACAAUGUUCAAAUGGGUUUAUGUUUAACUCUCACAUGAGGUGCUAUGUCGCGCAAUGGUCAGCGACAAAGUUAUGUGGUGGCCUAAAUGUGUACAGCCACCUCUCCCCCAGGUAAAAUCGCCCUUGGCAGCUCAGUUAAAUGCUCCUUUCGGCGUUUCUUGUUACCCAUAAGUUCUGGAUAAAACGACUCGUUCCAAAUGUCUACAUGCCGUCUUCAGCAAUAACCAUACCCUAGAGGUGUAAAGGGCAGAUCGAUAGAGCUUUUAAGAAUACUGUCCUUUGAUGCCCCAAGGGGCAGGGCUGAAAGAAUUUAGUUAGGGAUUUAAAAAAAAAUGUUCAAAUGCACCUGUAGAACCGGCUACAGGGAAGUGAUUUUGCUGUCCUCUCUCUUCUUUAACUUGAAUUUUAAUUUUUCAGUUUUACUGUAAGGCACAUGUAUUUGUUUUGUUUGCUCUACAGCUGCAGGAUCUGGCUGA